AUGGAUUAUUCUACCAAUUUUACAUACUUACUUAUGGAAGGACAUGUGGAUUUGGAGCAUUAUAGAUAUUUUUAUUUUGUAAUCGUUCUUGCAGUCUACAUACUCAUCAUUUGCUUUAAUACUGUUGUAAUUUUCAUCAUAUACUCAGACAAACUCCUUCAUGAGCCGAUGUACAUAUUUAUUGCUGCCUUGCUUUUCAAUUCUCUCUUUGGAACAACUGUGCUUUAUCCUAAACUGCUGAAUGAUUUUCUGUCUGAAAGACAAGUUACUUCUUACCAAGCCUGUAUGUUGCAAGCAUUUUGCAUUUAUACUUAUGGUAUUUCAGAGUUCACACUGUUAUCAGCUAUGGCCUAUGACAGAUAUGUGUCCAUAUGUAAACCGUUACAAUAUGCAACUCUUGUAAAAAUGUCCACUGUUAGAAAACUUUUAUUUUUCUCUUGGUUUGUGCCUUCCUUUGAAAUUGGUUCGUUAGUCAUUUUAACGUACCGGCUUCAGCUGUGUAAAAUUAAAUUAGACAGAAUUUACUGUAAUAACUAUGCAAUUGUUAAAUUAAGUUGUGGAGACACAUCUGUAAACAAUUCAUAUGGACUGUUUGUUUUAUGUGUUGCUGUAUUUCCACCAGUGAUCUUCGUAAUCUACUCAUAUGUUAGAAUACUUAAUGUUUGUUUAAAGAAUUCAAAAGAUUUCAGAAGAAAAGCUCUACAGACCUGCUUCCCACACCUUAUCAUUUUCAUCAGUUUUUCUGUUACUGUAUGUUUUGAAAUUAUCAAUAGCAGAUUAGAAGGAAAUGUACCUCACAUUAUUAAUAUGAUAAUGUCAGUUGAAAAUACGGUCAUUCCUCCUUUAAUCAAUCCUAUUAUAUAUGGAUUAAAACUACAAGAGAUUUUCAAAAGAAUCAAGAAACAAUUUUCAUGGAAAAAAGGAAAUGUUUAG